CAGACAGCUAAACAUUCUUUAAUGAAGCAUAUUUGGAAGAGCUCUGUACCUCCCCAUAGCAGCUGAACUCUUUUCCAUAGUUAUUCUAUUCUGAAAUAUGCUACUCUUCAAGGAUGAAUUUAAACUGAGCUCUUCUCACUGGAGGUUUCACAAGGGAGUUCACCCAAAACAGAAUUUGUGGGUUGAGAUAAAACUAUUUACAAAAAGGAAAAUGAUAAUAGUUAUGACAAUAUAAAUAACAAGUGAAGCACAAGAAAUUGCUCACCACCCACUGACUGAUGCCCAGUUAGCCUCCCGGUGAGCAGAAGACAGAUGAACUCAUUCCCUACAAAACUCUCUUCGUGGUGUCAUAAGCUGACUUUCUGGUCACUUGCAUGUAGCUGGAUGACUGCUGCAGGAGGAAACAUUUUAAGGCCUAGUUCUUUAAAGUGGCACUCAUAAUGAGAAGGACAGGAAGCAAACACAGUGGUUAGCAGCCAAAGGCUGUAACAGUGAUUUCUAACUGGCUGCAGACAGCUCCAGGAACUUGACUGACAAGGCAAAUGAUGACUCUAAAAGUCUGCCCAAGUCUUUUGUUAUUAUUUUUAGUCCAUUCUGUGUGGACUCGAACUGUGAGACAAGUUUAUAACGAGCUGGAUCCUGAGCAUUGGUCUCAUUACACUUUUGAGUGUCCUCAAGAGUGUUUUUGUCCUCCUAGUUUCCCCAAUGCAUUAUACUGUGAUAACAAAGGACUUAAAGAAAUACCUGCAAUCCCAGCAAGAAUUUGGUACCUCUAUCUUCAAAACAACCUAAUUGAAACAAUUUCAGAGAAGCCUUUUGUUAAUGCCACUCAUUUAAGAUGGAUAAAUUUGAACAAGAAUAAAAUCACCAACAAUGGAAUUGAGAGUGGUGUGCUCAGCAAGCUGAAAAGGCUGUUGUACUUAUUCCUUGAAGAUAAUGAGUUGGAAGAGGUGCCAGCACCAUUACCAGUGGGCUUGGAACAGCUGAGGCUGGCUAGAAACAAAAUCUCCAGAAUCCCAGAAGGAGUCUUCAGCAAUUUGGAAAAUCUCACUAUGUUAGAUUUGCACCAGAAUAACUUGUUGGACAGCGCUCUUCAAAGUGACACCUUCCAAGGACUCAACAGUCUUAUGCAACUCAACAUAGCAAAAAAUUCCCUCAAAAAGAUGCCUUUAAGCAUUCCAGCUAACACACUGCAGCUGUUUUUAGACAACAACUCCAUUGAAGUUAUACCAGAAAACUACUUCAGUGCAAUACCCAAAGUGACUUUCCUUAGGCUGAACUACAAUAAAUUAUCUGAUGAAGGCAUUCCCCCAAAUGGGUUUAAUGUUUCAUCUAUUCUAGACCUACAGCUGUCUCAUAACCAGCUCACUAAAAUUCCACCGAUCAAUGCUCAUCUCGAGCACCUUCACCUUGAUCACAACAGAAUCAAAAGUGUCAAUGGCACUCAGAUAUGCCCAGUCUCAAUUGCAGUAGCAGAAGACUAUGGUCUUUAUGGUAACAUCCCUCGCCUUCGUUAUCUUCGCUUGGAUGGAAAUGAAAUUCAGCCUCCAAUUCCUUUGGAUAUCAUGAUAUGUUUCCAGCUACUUCAGGCUGUUGUCAUAUAAACAUAAUACUACAUCAUAUAAACAUAAUGUGUGAAGCACUCUUGUGCUGUAAGAAUGCUAAGAUCCAAGUUUUGCUGGAAUGAAACUUGUUUUAACUCAGAAACCAAGAAGUAACAGUUUUAUUUUGACUCUACUUUGUUCUUUGCUUGCAUCUGUUCUGCAGCUGAACAUAUUGUUCUUCUUUUAGAAGAGAUUUUGAAUCUACAUAAAACAUACUUAACACGUGACCUAAGAAUUCCUACUGUAAAUAUGUAGAAAAUUGUCAGUUGUAAUUUCCCAAAUAUUCCAAAGCAAAUUCUUAUAUACUCUAUCUUUUCAAAUUCUACAAUGUUUAUCCUAUUUAUAUCAUUGGUUUAGACAAGUUAUAUGUCCAUGUAUUUGUUAACUAGUAACUGACAUAAAGAAUUUAGAUGCAGUCAUGUUAGAGAAAUCAUGUGUAACAUGAAUACAAUUUUAUCAGAACUGUCAGUCUUUUUUAACUGCCUAACAGUUAUCAGCCAUUUCACGUGCAAAUAACUCAUAAAUUGUUGUCAUCCUGACUGAUAAUGAUAUUUUUAAGGUACGAAGUGUGUGAGACUCAGGGUACAAAGCAAUAUACUGAGUAUAUAUUACUUCACAGACAUAUGAUUUCAAAGUUGAGACUGGACAAGGGAAUACAGGAUGAAAUCUAGUUCUACCAAAGAGCCAUUUUUCUGCUGUUUCAUUCUUCAGAAUUACAUUUUUAAUUUUGACACCAUUUUUUCCUUCAGCUUUAGGUUGGUCAUUCAGUAUUUGGUUCAUAUUUUGAUUCUACAGAGACAAAACCAAGAAAAGUAAUCAUUAUUUAUUUCACAGAGUAGGUGUUUUACAGAAAUUACAAAGAUAAGUUAAUGUAUCAAUGAAAAACAUUAAUUUAAGAAAUUAAAAGAUAAAACCCUCCCUCCUACCACUAACGCUAAAUUGUUCACUGAACUAAUCAAAUAUUUUCAUAGGAAGUGUAUCAGUUGGAGCAAAUAAAACUCAGGGCAGUGUUUAGCUAUCUGCCAACUCAUAUAAAUACAUAUACUUCUGGACUCUAGAGAUGUCUAGUUUUUUUAGAUUUCAGUAGCUAACAAACAAUAUAUAAGCAGGCAUCUUUACACAAAAUCUGGUGGAUUUUGAUUUUUGUUGAUUUUGAUGUUGUUUGGAUGUUUUUUAUUUUUGUUUUGUUUAGUAAAACAAUACUGGGAGUUCAAUACAAAAUUCAAAUAUUUGAGCCAACAAUUCACUCUAUUCACUGUUAAUUUUUGUUAUUUCUAAUACCCAACAAAGCAGACUAUCAAUCAGCAAUAUUAUUUUACUUUUCAUGUAUUUGUAGAUAGAAGUAAUUAGUUGAAUCCAUUCCUAACAUUUUAGAAGAGGAAUUAGAAUUUAGAACAUUCUAAAUUUUAAAACUGGCCUCAGCAACAAUCAAUUUAAACUGUAUAUGUGGCAUAGUCUUCUUCUUUGAAGGUUAAACAUUUUCUUAAAAGCAGAUCUUUAGAAGCAUUGAGAAUUUCAUUUUCUAACCUUCAGUCUCAUACUGUUUGAAAAUUGGGACUUAUGCUCUCUGGCACUUACAGAUAUAACCCAGUAUAGAAGCCCAGUGUAGAAUUAAUUUAUUCAGAAAUCCUCUUUUGAAAACCUUUAUUAUCACAGUUCAUUGAAUAUGAUUGCUGGAAAAUUUUAGCAAAAUGUUUCCUGUACCUUUAUAUUCAUUCUGUAUGAAAAAAAUACACAUCUAAAGUCUCUACAGUAUGUAUGCAUGUUCACGCAUGUUCUUUCAUAAUAACAUAGUAAUUUAUUUUUUGAAUAAGAAAUGAUUUUGGGGACAGUACUACUAAUUAAAUUAUAAUGAUCAUCAACUGCUUGUACUUUGAAGUGAAUUUCUACUUACAACAAAGAGAAAAUAGUCUAGUGUAAGCAUUCUCAGGUACAUUGUCAACAAUUCUAAUUUAUGAAAUUGCAAAGUAUCCUUGGGCUCAAGCUGGAGAUUUUAAUCAUAUCAUUUUAGGCACUAUGUAUAUAUUAAAAAAAGAGCAACCCUUCCCAGUGAGAUGAUUAACUAUUAGAAGUAAAUAGAUACAAGGACAAGAGAACAUCAAGGUAGCUUUCUUGGUAGGGAUAUAAUGUGCUCUUUAAUUAAAUCACUGCUAAUGCUUGCUUUCACUCAGCUGGGCAGUGGGUUUUUCCAAUCUGUGAAAUAUGACUGGAUGGUGAAUAGCCUUAUGAAUUAUUUCUUCAAAGGUCAGUGCUAUCUUUGGAACAGAUGUUUUACAUAUGCAGAUUGAUACUAAGUACCUGUUCUUCUCAAAACCCAGUUAAUUUCAGUGAAAACAAAAGUUCAUGAUACCUCCUUGUAAGAACAUUUACUAGGCUGAAGAACUGCUGCUGCUAAUGGCUGUGUCUACACCUUUGAUACGUGCAGAUAAUUUUAUGUCUGAGAACUGUUUAAUGAAAUGAAAAUCAUAAUAUUGGAAGUUAGGCUAAUAUGUUCUGUCUUGAUUCAAUCUCCCAGAAGCAGCAGAAUGAUACAUAAUUCAAAUGAGCUUUGAUACUACACUGAUCUUCACAGGACAAAUCAACACUGACUGGGGAUUGGGCAGAUUUACUGCAUGCAUAAGCUCUAUUUGCAAUGGUCUUGGUGCUCUAAAUACUUAGGAAAUAUAGGCGAAAUUUCCUCUCAGAUUAAAAUAGCAGGUCUAAAUCACAUUAUUUUUGACUUACAUGAUUGAAUUCAAUCUCAAACUUCCUUCUGUCACAAAUAAAUUGCACAAUAAGAAGAAACAAUGGGAAACUGAAUGUAGGCUUUCAGUCACAACUCACCUAAUUCAUUUGUUACGCUAGAAGACUAUAAAAUAAACUAUAAAAUAUACUGUUUUUCUCCCUAUGAUGAUGGUCUCUAAAACAUUGUGAAAUGCAUCACUGUGCUUGAAAGUCUGACACUGAUUAUUCCUAAUCCAGUAUUCAUUUCUCACUGUUACCUCCUGAUUCAGAAAUAAUUGAGCCUCUUCCACUGCAAGGGGAGAGGAGCAGAGCUCUCAUCUUUCUAGUCUCA